AUAUAUUUAGUUGUAGAAAAUUCAGAUCAAAUUGAUCAUAUAUAGAUAGAAAAUACAUAAAAGUGAUAUUAUGAAGUUACAGCAGCAGGUUAUAUAAGGUGAAGAUAACAACAACACGCAGGUGAGUCUUGACAACGAGGGCGGCGUCGUUAGCAACCACCUCCACACUCACUCUGGCCUCAACAAAUGGCUGAAUUACGCAAACAAGAGAGCAUAGAUGACACCAAAAAGAUCGUUCAUACAUAUCCUUUAUUGCGGCAUACAGACAUGUCAGAGGAGAUGAAGACAGAGACAAUGGAGCUGAUAGUUACUGCAUGUGAGAAACACCAGACAAACAAUGAAAGUGCAGCACGGGUCAUCAAGGAGACAAUGGACAAACGGUAUGGAGCAACUUGGCAUUGUGUUGUUGGAGAAGCUUUUGGUUUUGAAGUGUCAUAUGAAGUCAAGAAUCUCCUGUACAUGUUUUUUGCUGGUAAUCUUGCCAUAGCUGUGUGGAAGUGUUGUUAGGGUAAAGUGCUAACAUCUGUACUGUACACUGUUAACCUCUUCACCAAUGCCAGACGUUUCAUUCGGCAGAGAGGGGAGUCCAUACACAAGUGGUCAUGGAUAAAAUUGCAUUCCAGUUUUCUGAUGAAAUAAGUUGUUUCAGUAUACAGUACAACAUGUGGAUCACCUGAAGAAUCUCCAUCCCAGCUUAUUUCACCUAAAGAUUAACCACACUAAUACUAACCUAACCUAACCAAUCAACUCACACAACCUAUCCUGAAAUAAGCUGGGAUGGAUAUUCUUCAGGUGAUCCACAUACUGUAUAGCACUUGUAGUCAAUAAUUGUGCAAUAAGUUGAUAGUUUCAUGUGUUAAAUAGCAUAAGGAGUAAAUUAACCUUGCUUACAAUCUUUUGCUAUUUUGCAUUAACCCUUAAACAGCGGCUAAGGAUUCCCUACUCCACCUUCAUAUGCACAGAAAAUAGAACGUAAGGAACAUGAAAGUGUUACUGAUGAUGGCCACCGUCCCUCCAUCUAUCAUCCACUAGAAAUGGCCGCUGUUUAAGGGUUGAUAAAUCAUGAUGCAGUUGAAGUAAAGGCCAAAUAAUUAAAGCUACUUUUAUUGUUUUGUCAUGUUUUUGGUGUGUAAUUUGAUCUGUCCUUUGGUGCUGGAGUGAUGUUGACAGGUGGGUUAGUUACUUGUUUUUUAUGUCCCAAUAUACCUUUUGUGUGUGUUUAGAAAAGAUUUUGGUGGCAUUAUUUUAGCUGUAUGUAUUGUACAUUAUUGCUUCGGGUACUACAGUAGUUUUGAACUCAUGCCUUACACAGAAAGGGACUUCAGGAUAUUAUAUGUAAACAGAAUGAGGAACUGCUGAUGUGGUUAAACAGGGCAAGAUUUAGGUGUCUGAUCUAGGCAACUAAAGUAAUUUUUAGUUGGUCUCAAAUUCUUAGUUGUCCAUGUGUGUGUAUGUUGUUUUACUUGUGUUAUUAUCACUUCAGACAUCACAUGACAUUUCCUUAAUUCUUUACAAAAUAAUCUUUGUAAUUCUGCUUAAUGUGACCUUCAACUGCCCAUACAAAUGCAAAGUCUGGGUUUGGGAAACGUUCCAUUAACUCAAGAUAUUUUGCCCUCAUAUUUAAGAGUCCUGGGUAGAGUUACUUUGCCAGAAAUGUGACACUAACCAAAUAUCAGUACAAUAUUUUUAAUUUAUUGAUUUCUGAGUUGUUUUAUGUUUGAGCUGCAACAUGUGCUCACUGCCAAGCAUCUCUGGCCAAUGCUUGAGACACAUUGUAAUGCAUGACAGAAUGAAUUUUCUCUAUAUAUUCACUGCUUUAGCGUGCAACUAUCUUACAUAGAUAAACCUGAAUCCACUGGUUGUCUCACAGACCAAAGAGGUUUCAGCAGUUGUUGACAGUUUAACAUAGUUGUACACUCUCAUUCACUUUGAAUUCCAACUUGACUACAUGGGAUAACAUGAAUCAACUUCAGUCUUUGUUUACAGCAUGACUGUCAUCACCUUCCUACUUAAUCUCUAGAAUAAUCAUUGAAGUUUUAAUUGUGUUUCUUACACUUUACUGAUCUUGGUUUUUAUUAUUACACAAUACAAGGAAUAUGUCCCACAGUUUUUGUAUACCUGUAUAUAUUAUCUUGGGUUUUAUGGUGCAGUGGCUGAGGAGAGGCAGCACUCACCUCUUGUACAAAGAGUGACUUAUUUGCACACCCAGCUGUGGAUGGUCACCUCACUUUAGAUGAGAGUGUGAAGGUGAAUAUUGUUUGUGUCCAAUAGCUGACAUUAUGAAUUUAGAAAAGCUUUGUCUCAAAAGUAAGUCUAGUGAUUCAGUGUUGUAUGAUAAAGUGACAACAACAUCUAGAACAGCUUGAGAACAAUACCUAACUGUUUUUUGGCAUCUUCUCCUCUUAACAGUUUUAUGAUGGAGUAAAAUCCCUGUGACACUCUUUAAGACCAAUUUCCAUAGGUAGAUAGACUACAUAUUGUACAGUCCUUUUUUAACUGUCAGGUGCUGACUAACACAGUGAUAAAGUCUACAUUAACACAGGUCAGUUUUAACUUGAUUCUGUGUUCCAAACUGUGGCAUUACGUAUACACGUUUCUCUGUCCAUUUAUUUGCGAGUUAUUUAAAUGAUAAACAAAUUAUGAUUCUAUUCAAAACAGCUCUUGUAUUUAUGAGAAUUUUUAAACUGUAGUGUUUAUUACUUUUCUUGACAGUGACUGGUAAUCACACACAUUCACGAGCUCCGUCCAGUUUUGGCAGCAUUCCAGUUUAAUAUGCAAACACUAACUUAGGUAAAUAUAUAUUUUUACAUGUGUCAUAGUUUUGUUGAAUAUCAUGAUGUACAGUCACUCAAAAACUAUCUACACAAAAUUGUGUUGAAAAAAAUCUGACACUGAGACAACAGGAGUCACAGUGUUCAUUCUGAAAUCAUCGACACCUCCAAGUAGAGAUAGUAUUUUGAGUGGCUGUACAGCAUCUGAUUUCUGUGAUGAGGGUAAUGUAUUGUACCUCAGAGUGUGGAUAAUAUACGGUUCAGUGCCCCAGUGGUUAGAAUAGUGGUCCUAAAGUUCAUGGUCUUGCCAGUGCCUUCAUCAGAGAGGGACUUCAAAAAACAAACUUCACCUCAUCUAGUUCACCAACAUUGACCCAUAAGUCAUUGUUUACCACUUAUCUGAAUUUACUGUUCAUUUAUUUUAUUUUUUAUCUUGUUUGAUGUAUAUUUAUGUAUUAUAAACUGAUGCAUGGGAGCACUAUCCUAUUGAACCAUGUUUUAGAAAAUGAAUCCCUUCACAAUGGAGAUGCCACUUUUAAUAUUUUAUUUGGCCAAUGUCAGAUUAUUUUAUUCAGCACAAAGAGACUCUCAUACACAAGGGGUGAAUGAGUGUUUUAGUCAUUUGUUUAAUAUGAUGGUCACAUAUUAGACAAGGCCAAAGGACUUUUACACAGUAUUCAAGCAAGCAACUUCAAAUGACUCCAAAUCUUAUUAGUUUAUCAUGUGAGAAAAAUCUGUGGAAAAAAGUGAAUGGCUCUGUAUAAAGGUACAGUGAAUGUUUCAAUUACAGUAUCUAAAAAGUGAAUAUGUGGUAAUUCAACUUGUCCCAGCAGCUUUUGAGAAGUAAACCUUCAUUUAAGGGGCCUUACUUGAAUUGAUUUCGUUUAAUUUAUGGGAGACUUUUUUAAAAUAUAAACUGUAACUGAGUUAAUCAUGAGUACAGGAUAAGGUUCAGUAUUUAUACUUGAUCAGACUUAAUGUAUGAAGACCAUAAUGAAUUUAUACAUAUACUGUACCAGUACUGUAGUGAGAUGUACUGUAUGUGUAAGAUGUAUACUGAUUACUGUACUGUAAGAUGUAUACUGAUUACUGUACUGUACCUGUAUAUGUACAGUCAAAGACAAAGCUUGUGUCCUCGUUCUGUCCAAUGAUCACGGUCCAUCUAACAAACCGUAUUGAAAGCCUUGCCACGACUACAUCCUGGCAGUAGGGAAGCCUGAAACCAACUGUUCCAAUGAUACGAGGAAGCGUGCUGAAAGGUUCACCAUGUGUGAGAUGCUUUCACCAAUUUUCUGGCCACGAUUUUUGUCUUUGACUGUACAUUGGUUUUAUUAAUAGACCAAAGAAUUGAGAAUUUUAAGAUUUUAAAACAUAAACAAGUUCUGUACCAGUGGUUGGCCUGAUGAAAGUAUUAUAAGUAAUUGUCUUCCAGUUCUCUGGGCUUAAUUAUCAAGAGGUUGAAUCUCCAAGGUGACUUACAGGGAAUGGUGCAGGUAGAUCUCAAUACAGUAUAUAGAAGGGUUCUGUAAAUUGAAGUGUAUUUUCCCACUGACUCCCAUUGUACUGGGCUGUUCAUUAGGAGAUACAUUCCUAUGAAACAAAAGGAUUCCUUUGACACAAUAGAAUGACACUAUCCUACAUGGGCCACUGGCCUCCUUCCUCCAUCAAGAUUGUCUCUAGUUAGGGUGGCCAUGAGGUAAAUCAGGCAGGUAAACAUGUUUUAAGGGAGAAUAAUAAAAAAAAAAUGAUGAUAAUCAAACUUGUACAAUACAUGUAAUGCUAAUGACUUCAAUCCAAAUCAAAAGACAGAUAUUGUACCAUACAAUACUGUAAUUACCAGGAGUCAGUCAUCUCGGUACAACUAUGGAAAACGAGAUUAUUUUUAUGAACAUACUGUACAUACAGUAUUUGAUUCUAUUUUAAGAAUGGAAUGUGUGAUAACUGUAUCCAAUUCAAUACAGUACUGUACCUGCCUGUAACUAAAACAAACUAAACAAUACUCUUUUGGCCAGGAGUUCAGACAAACUAUCAUCGUAAAUGUUAUUGAUGUACUGUACAUGACAGUACUGUACUUGGUGCUAAACAUUGUCUUGGUGUUUAUUGGUGGUACGCUAUUUCUACCAACCUGUAUUAUUUUAAUUCCACACCACAGUACUGUACUUGAGUCAUGGUGUUGCAGGAUGCCAAAUUUCUCAAGCAUAAUUAUCACAUGAUAGAAAGUUGCAUACAGUAAACAACAUAUGUGUGUACGAUGAAAUUUUAAUGGACUAAUAAGAAUAAAUAGUGUCCGGUAACCUGACUUCUGAGUUGAUAUCACAGGUUACAAACUUAGAUGGUGUACAGUAUUACCAGAGAGGCACAGCACUGUACACCUAAUGGUAACUAACACAAGGCAUGAGUGUGAACAUUAUUAUAGUGUAUUAGUUUAAGGUCAGGUACUGUAUAUUUCUGGUACAUAUUUAAAUAUAAUUAUGAGAUAUCA